AUGACACCAGAAGAAGAAGUGGAAGCACUUCGGAACUUUCAGGCUUCCACGGAGGCUCGCAAUGCACAGAUCGACCAAGAAGCCAAGACUGGCGACGAGCAUACCCUCGAUGUGACUGUGCAUACUCAUAUCCCUGUCCUUACCUUUCGUUACAUCAACACCACAAUUCCUCUGGUCGUCAUCGAAGCCGAAGUCCAUUACCUCUGGUACACUGUCAUCCAGGGGGCCAAAUACUGGAAAGCGGCAAACGCGAAACAAGACACUCUCGUGCGGUAUCUAUUGCAUGCCAAGUCAAAAGGAACCCUCACGCGGCCUCGAGAAACUAUUAAAGAGGACGGCGACGACAAUCUCGACCAUCAACAUGGCAGGCUAGAGGUCGUACCCUGCUCUGACGGCGGCAAAUUCUGGUCUGACUUGCCACUAUUCGGCCAGGAUUUGGUAGCCGAGUGGACAAAUCGGUACUAUCAGAGCGACUAUGAUGACGAUCUGCGCUCUAACCUGGCCGCGUUUGUCGGGCGCCUUGUCUCGGUUGGCAUCUACAAUGGGCCUGCAGCUUGCGUUCUCUCACUAUUUUCCGAGACACUCGAGAGGCCUCGACCCUUGGUGUCGGCGCCCGCCGCAGAUGUAGUGAAAGGCGCCAACGACGCCGAGGCAGGCACAGGCUUGUCAAUUGAGAAUCUGAUCCAUGCACUUCGGCAGAUGCUGAUAUAUGGGGAAGGAAGCAUUAUUGUCUUGAGCAAUGAUUCCGUUGGCGUUGCAGAUGGCAACGUACCGCCGGACUCUUCGGGCCUGGGCGAGUUGGCGAUACAGUCACGUCUCUCCUCCCCGGGAUUCAAUCCGGAUCGGUGGCGCUUCUGGAUUCAGAGGCUCGAGGAGCUAGCGCAGUGCGAGGAUGAAGCGGUCGCAGGUAGUGCAAGAGUCUGUGUCAAUUGCAUGAGAUAUGCGUCGGAGGCUAUCUACGGGCCGCUGGCAGGAAAGCCCAACUGGGAGGCAGAGUCGGAGACGGGUUCUUCCUAG